GCGGUGCGGGGUCAGGCAGCCCCUGCCCUCCCCCGGGGGGACGGGCCAGCCCGCCGGGGAGCCGGGCUUUUCCGUGGGUUUGUGCUGUCACCCCGUCUGGGGACAAAGUUUGGGAAUAAAGGGAGGGCUUCCCCGCCUGAUCCCGGAAGGGAAGGAGAGCUGAGAAGGGCAAGCGCGACCGCCUGCUCCGUGGAGGGCCAUUCCCUGCUUCCCGCACCUCCGGCUCGGCUCCUUCUUGUGAUGCUCGCGGGGGACGGGGCAGGGGCUCUCGGCGGGGUGCUGGGCGCGCUGCGGGGCUGUAGCCGUAAGGAAUGAGUCUCCACGCUCUCUCCACAGACUAGCCCCCGCUCAAACAGGAGACGUCCGAUUCUUCAGGUUCUCAAGGAUGCGAGUAACUUAGUGAUUCGUGUUCUGGUACCCACCUGGGCACUGCUGCCUCCUGGAGAUACAGCCCGAGGAACCGACCUGUUGGUAGAGUGAGCCCCGCGGAGACGCUCUAGAGGGACCACCCCCCACUUCUCAUCUCGCUGUGAGUGGACUAUGGUGGCAGGAAGAUGUUGGCUCGGAAGAGUAUCAUCCCCGAAGAGUAUGUGCUGGCACGGAUCGCUGCCGAGAACCUGCGCAAGCCGCGCAUCCGGGACCGGCCGCGCAAAGCCCGCUUCAUCGCCAAGAACGGCGCCUGCAACCUGGCGCACAAGAACAUCCGCGAGCAGGGGCGAUUCCUGCAGGACAUUUUCACCACCUUGGUGGACCUGAAGUGGCGUCACACACUGGUCAUCUUCACCAUGUCCUUCCUGUGCAGCUGGCUGCUCUUUGCCAUGAUGUGGUGGCUGGUGGCUUUCGCCCAUGGCGACAUGGACCCGAGCACAGAAAACGCCGCCAACAGCACCAAGUGGACGCCGUGCGUGACGUGUGUCAGGUCUUUCACCUCCGCUUUCCUCUUCUCCAUUGAAGUCCAGGUGACCAUUGGUUUUGGGGGCAGGAUGAUGACAGAGGAAUGUCCCUUGGCCAUCACGGUGCUGAUCCUGCAGAACAUUGUGGGUCUGAUCAUCAAUGCCGUCAUGCUGGGCUGCAUAUUCAUGAAAACAGCGCAAGCCCACAGGCGGGCCGAGACCUUGAUUUUCAGCCGGCAGGCCGUCAUCGCGGUUCGCAACGGCAAACUCUGCUUCAUGUUCCGAGUGGGAGACCUCAGGAAGAGCAUGAUCAUCAGCGCCUCAGUGAGAAUCCAGGUUGUGAGGAAGACCACGACCCCUGAAGGAGAAGUCAUACCCAUUCACCAGGUAGACAUCCCCGUGGACAACCCCAUCGAAAGCAACAACAUUUUCCUCGUGGCGCCGCUGAUCAUUUGUCACGUCAUAGACAAGCGGAGCCCUCUCUACGACAUCUCCGCCGCCGACCUGGCGCUCCAGGACCUGGAGCUCAUCGUGAUACUUGAAGGAGUCGUGGAAACAACGGGCAUCACGACGCAGGCCAGAACCUCCUACGUGGCCGAGGAGAUCCUGUGGGGCCACCGCUUCGUGCCCAUCGUCACCGAGGAGGAAGGUGUGUACGCAGUCGACUACUCCAAGUUUGGCAACACUGUCAAGGUGGCUGCGCCGCGUUGCAGCGCUCGGGAGCUCGACGAGAAGCCCUCCAUCCUCAUCCAGACCCUGCAGAAGAGCGAGCUCUCCCACCAAAACUCCCUGCGGAAGCGCAACUCCAUGAGAAGGAACAACUCCAUUCGGAGGAGCAACUCCAUGAGGAGAACCAACUCCUCCCUCAUCGUGCCCAAAGUGCAGUUCAUCACACCCGAGGGGAGCCAGAGCGCCUCGGAAACGUGAGACACAGCUUUGUGUGAGGCUGCUGGGCUUUGGAGGGAGGAGACACCUGUGGUGGUUUUGCUUAAAUUUCCUUUCACUUCAGAAAACGAGAACACGACGCAGAAGAGAACCGUGCAAGAACUAUUUAUUCCAUUGCUUACUGAAAGCACCACCUAAUGGCAUAAGAAAACACUUUAGCACUUAGUGUAUGAAUCAAUAAAAAAAUGGCACGUACACUAAAGAAAGCACAGUUCACCCAUGUAAUAUAAUGUGUAUUUAUACUUGUUUUAAUGGCACGCUAAUUGUUUUAAUAGUAUUUUUCCUAAUGGGGGUCUCUUUCUUGUCUUCUGCUGGGUGUCACAAGGUGUGGGGUUUUCCUGUGUGAGUUACUCACCUGCAGGCAGAAGUGAGUUCUUUUACCAAACUUCUGCAUACAACAACUCUCACGGAUUUUGUGCAAGAUAUUUGGAUGUCCAUCUUUUUCGUGUGAAUUCCUUAAAAGAAGUAGCUAAAUCCCUCAAUGAUUUCACUGGAGGAGAGCCACUAUUUUACCUUCAUUUUCCAGGCUUUUUCUUUUCCUUGGUUUGUGGCAAGGGCAUUUUGAGAGCCCAUUCAGGUCAGGUGAAGUGACCUGUCCAUCCCACAGGAAAACUGGUGCCACUCCGGGCAGCAGUGGCAGGAAAACCAGUGGAACAGCAAAGAGAUACUCGGCUGCAGGACAACACACAUCUUAGUGUAGCUGUAGCCCAAGCUGAGAAACUCCAGUCCUCCUGGCUGCUACCUGAGCAUCUGUUUCACUGAAAUGAUUCAAAUUGGAAAAAUCAAAUGCCUCUCUAACAUCCUCUUCGUGUCGGUGGAAGACCAAAUCCUGUUUUGUUUUCUCUUAUAGAUUCAUACAUGGAAGACAACACAUGUACAUCCUUCACUUACAGUAUUUUUCAUAGGAUUAAGUCUGUUUGCUCCAGCAGAAGGUUGCAUUUUGCCAGUGGGAAUUCAUGAAUGGGAAUGUGAGGAAACCAUGCCAAUAAUAUUAGAGAAAGUAUUUGCAAAACUAUCCAAAUAAUUUUCAGGGGGACUUGGGUGCUGCUGCUGCUGAAUUACUUUUUUUUUUCAACAGCAUCUCACUUGUGUUUUUAUAUAACCUGGCAUUGAGAAUUGGUGGUAAACAGCUUUUCUCUUCAAAGUAAAAUGGACAUUUGUUACCUAGAGCCAUCCCAAAAGUGUCAUCACACAUUUUUCUACAAGAAUACAUAAAUGUAUUAAAUUACGUAAAUACAUUAAUUGUAUCACAUUUGGUAAUGCUAAAUCAAUACCUGCUUUUUUUUCUUUGUGAAUAAGAAGCAUAAUUAUGGACAAAUUCACAUUCAAAUUUCUUUAAAAAAUAGUGUUAUGUCUGUGGCUCAAGAGAAGGUCUGUCCUUGUAUUGACUCUCUGAGCCACUCAACUAUUUGAAUACUUCUGCAAUUUUAAAUAUUUGCUUAUUCCUGUUGGGUAAAAUAGUCAGAAGCAAUGCUGGAUUCUCAUUCUCUUUGGAAGUCGUUUCAUCAGCAGUUGCAUGGAUGGUUUUUAGGCUUCAUAUAGCGUUGGGUGGAGGCAGGGAGGGGCAUUGCUCUGUAGUGUAGACUCCCUGCUUUUGGAGCAGGUGCUCUCCAGAACAUCAACUCUGACAAAUUACUUCUGUCUGAAGCAGUAGCGGAAACUGAAGUUUCUGCUAAAAGCAUCCAUUCCCUGGCCUGCCCACUAAUGUCCUGGAAGAAUGGAUGGUGAACAUCUGGAGAUAUUAAUCUGUCUGUUUUGUGUCCAAACAAUGAACAUCUGCAGCUUCCAAGAAGAGUCAGAGCAAAGCAUAUACAAUUUGUCUCUGGCCUCCGUUUCCAGGGCUGUGAAUUUCUUUGAGGUUGUCUGUUUGAUACAUGGUUAAGUCAGAUGCUGUACAAAAGCAGAUUUUCUACAAAAUAAUAAUAAAAAAAGUGACAAUUA